AUGCAGGGGGCCCUGGCCGUCCCCUUCCGCCUGCUGCCCCUGCUGCUUCUGCUGUGGCUCCGGACUCAUCCCGAGGGCAGCCCCACUCCUCCGAAGAUGCAGUGUUACCGAGCCGGCGCCUCCAGGGAUUUGAACUGCUCCUGGGAGCCUCUGGGAGACCCGGGCGCCCCCUCCGCGGUGCACUUCCAGAGCCAGAAAUACCACCUCAACAGAUCCCAGGUCGUGGCAGUGCCUGCCAGGCAGAGCUGGGUGAUCAUUCCACGGGAACAGUUCACCGAGUUUGACACGCUCCUUGUCUGGGGGACCAAGGCAGGCAAGCCUCUGUGGCCCCAAAUCUCCGUGAACCUGGCAACCCGAGUGAACCUGGACGCCCCCUGGCUGUGCCCGGACCUGGAGUUUUCAGAGGAUGAGCCCCUGGAGACUGUUGUCCAGUGGACUCCACCCACAUGGCUGUCCCAGCAGGAGGACAUGGUCUGCCAGUUCUACUAUCGAAGGUGCCAGGAGGAACCCUGGACCCUGCUGGAGCCAGAACUGACGUCCAGACCCCUGGUUCCGAUUGAGAUCCAGGACCUGGAGCUUGCCACUGGCUAUGAGAUGUCCGGCCGCUGUCGGAUGCAAGCUGAAGAGGACCUGUGGGGCGAGUGGAGCCCCACCCUGUCCUUCCAGACACCACCCUCCGCCCCCAAAGAAGUGUGGGUGUCCGGGAACCUGUGUGAGACCGCAAACGAACAGAAAGCCUUGCUUCUGUGGAAGGUGAGCUGCUCUGCCCCGCAGGAUGUGGCUGUCAGCACCGCUUCUGAUAGCAAGGAGCUGCUGGUGACCUGGCAGCAGGGAGCUGGGGGCGUGUGGGAGCACGUAGUAGACUGGGUUCGGGACGGAGACCCCCCUGAGAACUUCAACUGGGUCUGGCUUCCCACUGGGAACCUCAGCGUCCUAUUGUCAGGAAACUUCGAGAAAGGAGUCCCCUAUAAGAUCACAGUGACCGCAGUCUCUCCUGGGGGAGUGGCUCCCGCCCCCUCAAUCUGGGGGUUCAUAGAAGAACUAGCACCCCUCGUAGGUCCAAAGCUCUGGCGACUCCAGGAUGCCCCCGCAGGGAUCCCCACCAUAGCAUGGGGAGAGAUCCCAAGGCACCAAGUUCAGGGUCACCUCACCCAUUACACUUUGUGUGUUGAGGAUGAAACCGAUGUCUCCUUCUGCAUGAACGUGAGUGCUGGCACCCAGAAUGCCACCCUGCCGAACCUUCCCUGGGGUCCCUGCAAGCUGUGGAUGACUGCGUCCACCAGGGCGGGACAGGGUCCACCUGGUCCCAGCAUCCAGCUGCAUCUACCAGAUAACACCGUAAAGUGGAAAGUUCUGCGAUGUGUCCUACUGCUGCUGGGUGUGCUCCUGGUGGGCCUGGCCCUGGCCAUCUCUUGCCGGUGUGUCCACCUUUGGCACAAAGUGCUGCCGCGCUGGGUCUGGGAGAAGGUUCCAGACCCUGCCAACAGCCAUUCUGGCCUGCCCCAUAUUGAGGAGGGGUUCCAGGCCCAGCCUUCCUCAGACAUGCCCAUCCUGGAGGUGCAGGAAAUGGAGCCACCGCCAGGCUUGGAGGCCCCCCAGCCCCCCACUGCGCCUGACUCGGGGUAUGAGAAACACUUCCUGCCCACUCCCGAGGAAUUGGGCCUUCUGGGACCCUCCAGAACUCAGGUACAAGCCUGACCCUACCCCCUGGCUGGGGAUGCAGGCCGCGGCACAAGGGUGCUCGCCUGCGCCCUAGAACAGUGCUAUGGACAGAUGAAGACAUGGAGGCUCAGAGAGGGCCCCUUCAAGCCCAGCCAAACAGGACAAGCUGGGAAUUGAAGGACUUCCCCUACCACCCUGCACCAAGAAAGGUGGGCCCGACUAGGGGCUUCGCAGCCAAUGUCUGCAACGAAGAACACCCGCUGCCUCCCAGUCUGUCCUGUAACCUAACCAGACCCGCUGCCGACCAGGCAGCUGGGACUCACAGCGACCGGGCCGGAUAGGGUCGAAUGUCCCUGUGGGAUUCCCAGAGCGUAACAUUGGAUGGGAGCAGAGAGGUUCACCUUUCUCCUCCCGGAGCUUCUAGUGGCUUCGGACGGCUGACCCUGCUCGAUGCGUAGCCCACCACGCCAGCAGAUGCCAGCCUCCCUAGGUGCU